AUGGUCGGCUGCUUUCCUAAGUUGUCCUUUCUUCUGGCAAAGAAGCCAGCUCAGGAACAGGCUUCCAACGUCGCCAACAUCGCCGACACCACUGAGACCAACGACGCCAUGUCAAAGCCUGACAAAUACAAGAACCCCUCUGAGAAGGGACCUGCCGUCCCUGGCACUGCCAGCAGCUCGGGUUGGAAGCCGUACACCAUCCCCUACACCGGCACUGGCAUGAAACGUUCUGCCAGCGGUACCAACUGGGCUUCUCAGAGUUCCCCACAAGGAGAUAGCUUUGCCGUGCCUUCCCACGCCGCACCGCCUUUGUACAUCACUGGCGACCUAAAGAAGAAGGGCGAGCCUGCCGACAAGAAGGGAAAGCAGCCAGCCGGUAGCAUGGACAAGAAAGACAAGAAGGCUGUUGACGAGACCCACAUGUUCAAGGGUGGCUAUAUCGCAAGCCGCGUGAAGCCUGAGGACCGUCAGCCAAUCGAAUAG